AUGUUGCAGACCAAGACAUAUCCGAUCUCUGCACUUCCGCUGCCUCCAUCGACCCAUAUCCUCACGCGUAAUCUCACCCCGGAUCCACAAACACCCUCAGUGUCGAGUUUCUAUGACACACUCUCCAGGACGCCCAGCCUGCAACGCAAGGCGCGGUUGCUCGCCCCACCCGCACAUUUCUCACUUGUCGUACCGUGCCCCCAGCCAUUUCCCUACCGGAUCCCGCUGCCGGAGAAUGGAGAGCCCAUCGCCGACCGAGCAGCCUAUGUCGAGAAAUGGCUAGCAGAUCGCGAGGCCCUGCACGAGCGGCCUACAGCAGCUUCUCCGACUAGGGGCCUGCGGAAAUUCUACCGAGAGAAAAAGGCGCAGCCCCGCGUGCUCAUCGGGCUCUCGGAGACGGGUCUGCGAGACUGCGUGCCCCACUUGAAAGUCGGCGAUGUUUUCGCGACACUCGGAUCUCCGUCGCUGACGCGAGCUUCCACUGAUCCCAACCCUGAGACCGCAAAGCCCUCGUCCGCGUCGGAAGAGGACACUGCAGCCCGCGAGGAGCUUAUCGAUGUCCUUAGUGGAUACGCAGUUUUACUUUCCACUGACGGCGACCCUGAGACGCACUGGGCGCCUUGGUCCCUACGCUACAGUGGCCAUCAGUUUGGUGUCUGGGCCGGCCAGCUGGGCGAUGGAAGGGCGAUCUCAGUCCUGUCUACGCCACAUCCCUCUGAUCCUGACUUGAUUUACGAGCUUCAGUUGAAGGGCGCAGGUCGUACGCCCUUCUCGCGCAACGGAGAUGGGCUGGCCGUAGUUAGAUCCUCUAUUCGCGAGUAUCUAUGUUCAGAAGCCAUGCAUGCACUGUCUAUACCCACCACCCGCUCACUCUCGCUGAUCUCUCUCCCCGAGCUCCCAGUUGCCCGCGAGCGCAUGGAAAGUGCAUGCGUGCUCACCCGCAUGGCACCUUCAUUCAUCCGUAUAGGCUCCUUUGAAGCCUUAAAUCCUCCCGAGGGCACUUCCGUCUUCGGAAUAGGCCAACAGGACACACACUGGGAAGGCCUCCGUGCGCUGGGGGAGUGGGUCGUCCGCCGGGUGCUCAAGCUCGAGGGCCUGCAGUGGAAGGGAGAGGGCGUCGAACAUGGUGAUCCGUGGGGCACCAAGCUGGUACUCGAGGUCGCGAGGAGGAACGCAAAGAUGGUUGCUGCCUGGCAGGCCUAUGGAUUCAUGCACGGCGUUAUCAACACGGAUAAUGUCUCCGUCCUUGGCCUGACAAUCGAUUAUGGACCUUUCGCGUUCAUGGAUGUCUUCGACCCAUUCCACAUUUGCAACCAUACCGAUGAUGAAGGAAGGUACUCAUACAAGCUCCAGCCAUCCAUGAUCAUUUAUGCUCUCCGCGCACUUCUGACAGCCCUUUCCCCAAUAAUCGGAGCAGAGGCGGAACUCGGCAGGGCAGUCUCCGCCGGAUGGGCGGAGGAUGCCUCGCCCGACAAGCUCGCCGAAUGGCGCAAGAAAGGCACCGAGCUCGUCAAAGACGAGAUGGAACGCGUCGCACAGGACAUCUGCUCCGCCGAGUAUGGCAGGCUCAUGCACAAGCGUCUAGCGCUGCGCCGCUUUGAUGCCACCGACGAGCUGAGGCUCGCACGUCCGUUGCUUAAUCUCAUGUCGGAACAUGAACUCGAUUUCCACUCUACCUUCAGGCGGCUCGCCUUCUUCCGCCCGACUAUGGCGGAAGGAAGCUCUGACUCUGCUACCGGCCCAGCCCUCGGCGAAUACAUCUCUGGCAUACUCUCAUCGACGUCUGAGCCACAACGGCUGAACCGAGACAAGGCUGUGAGCGACUGGCGCGCGUGGUUAGAAAGUUAUGCAGCUCGUAUUGAGAGCGAACGUGAUGAGUGGAUAGCUGCUUCUCCAGAUGCCAAUGGUGCAAACGGUGCUAUCGAACGGGACUUGGAUAAGGAGAGGGAGAAAGCAGCCCUGGUGGCAAACCCGCGUUUCGUGCUGCGGCAGUGGGUGCUCGAGGAGGUCAUCAAGAAGGUAGAAGAAGAUGCCGAGAGCGGAAAGAGGAUCCUAGCAAAGGUCAUGCAGAUGUGCUGUAGUCCGUUCGAACCAUGGGGUGCCGAGAGUUUUGAGGGUGAUGUUGAUACAUUGGAUGCGGAGAUCAAGGAGGAAAGGAGAUAUUGUGGCGUGGGAGACAGGACCUUCUUGGGUUUUCAGUGCAGUUGCUCGAGUUGA